UGGUCCCUCCUCAAGGAAAAGGUUUUCUUUUUCUUUUUCUCUUUUCUUUGCUUUCCAUCCUUCUAUAAAAGGAUAGCUUUCUUGCUUAAUUUGUACCCUCACACAGAAUCUCUCGCUGUUAUUACUCGGUUCUUACUAAUGGCUCAGGGAAGGGGCAGUGCAAAUCUAGCCAUAGCCACUGUGGUUGCACUACUGUGCCUGCUGACUCUCACUAAGCAAGUUCGUGCUGCAACUUACACUGUUGGUGGCUCUGGCGGUUGGACUUUCAAUGUAGACAGUUGGCCUAAAGGCAAACGUUUUAAAGCUGGGGAUACACUCGUAUUCAAUUAUGAUUCAACAGUGCACAAUGUGGUAGCUGUGAACAAAGGAAGUUAUACAAGCUGCAGUGCUCCAGCAGGUGCAAAAGUGUACACAUCAGGGCGAGAUCAGAUCAAGCUGGCGAAGGGACAAAACUUCUUCAUAUGCGGUAUCAGUGGCCACUGUCAAUCUGGCAUGAAAAUUGCUAUUACUGCUGCAUGAACUCAAUUAAUUAUAAGCUUAAUUUUAGGAUUAUGCCCAGUAUCACUGUUCUAUUAGUUUAUAUGGGCACUAGAUGUGUGCAUGUGUGGCUUGUCUAAAUUAUGUCUGUAGCACCACUAAAGGUUGGGUGUACUUGCUAAAUUCCGUUACUUUCACAUAUGUAUGUAAUGGUGUGAAAUGGCUCGUUUCAGUGCUA